UAAGCUUCCCUAAUAAAAUUUCUGAAACAUCCAAAGUUGAAUCUUUUGUUAUCAAAGCAACAAUUUGAACUUUAACGGCGUAGUUGCAACAGGACAAUUUUACACAUUUCCCUAAUCAGCUGCCUUGAUUUUCUGCCAAGCGUCUCACACCUUUUUUUAAUUUUGCUUGCGCUUUCCAUAGUAUAGUUUUUGGUCUUUGAGAUCUCUGGCUGUGCAACAUACGCCUUGGCAAUGAUGCUAGUGUUUAUUUUCCGAGUAACAGUGGCAAACAUUAAAAGGAAAGAAAUUAUGAUAUUAUUGUUCCUUUUAAUUUUCAGGCCAUUAAAGUUUUCAAGUACGUAUUUAAUCUUCAUUUGCUUUUUGGCUCAUCCCAAAAAUUUUUUAUGCAGUAAUCUCUUCAAAGCAUAUCUUAUAUCUACUUCAUUCUUGAGAUGCUGAUAAAUAUGCCUAGAGGAAUAUUACGGUUUUGAGACAACAGUCUCCAGCAGUGUUGAUCCAAUGUUUAACUUUCAAUUUGCAAAAGCUUUAUUCAAACUACCAUUCUACUUCAAUACCAAUAUUUUUGUAAACAACAACCGUUCCUUUGAGCAUCUAUAACAGCGAAUCCUUUCUUUCUACUGUUAAUACAAUAUAAGCUGAUAUAUAAGCAUGUGAUUGCUAGAUUAAGCAGACAUUUUACAAUACUUAAGCAAUAUUAGGCAUUUUGGUAGUUACAGUUCACUUCAAAUAUAGAUAUAAACUGAUCUUAUAGAAAGAUUGAAUGUGAUUUUGUGUACAAAAGAACUAAAAGUUACUCUAUUUUCUAACAAAAUAGGAGAAAUUUGUUAGCUGAGGACAUUACAAUAAAAAAUUGUGCAAAAAAGUCUGUUUAAUGGGAAGUCGAGGCUAUGAAUUUGGUUGGAAAGUCAAUAGUUAUAGUCACUGCCCAAAGUCUUGAAACACCAACUUGGGUUUUUGGAAUUUUUUGGAAUUCAAUAGCCACUGAAAAAUUGUUUGAUUCAAGUUAGAAUUUGCAGAUGUUUGUCUGCUUAAAGUCCUAUGCUACCGUAGAAAUAAUUUUAUUGAUGUCCAAUAAAAUUAUUGAAAGUCUUUUUUUAGUACUAUAAAUGUCUUCUUCUCCCUAAAAUGUCAAUGUUUUAGAAGUGAUCUGGUGGGCAGCACAUAUAAUUUCUUGCAAACUGUUGCAGUAAUUUAGCUACUCCUGCAUUAAAAUAGUGUUGGAAAAGCUAGAUAAGUGACUUAUGGUGUUGCAAUGUCUGUUCAAAACAGAAAUUUUAUCAGAUUUAGGUGGUCUUUUUCAAUAUGAUCUAGACCAAUGUCUCCCUCAGUUAUAAUAAAAUUUUAAAAGGCUUUUACUUUUGAGAGCAAUUGGAUAGGAAAGAAAUUUACGAAAACACCAAGUUUUAAAGACUGAAAAGAGUUUAUUACAUCAACAAAAAUACAUGUUAUAAGCCUUGAUGAAGAUUCAUUAAAAUGUUAGCGCUCUUCAAUUUCUAUGUAAUAGUAUUUAAUUUACAUGAAAUUUUGUCUUAUUCCUUUUGCUGCUGGAUCUAUUUCAUGGCUGCCUGGUGUAUUUCAUGCUUACGUGUUCAAAGUGUAUAGUAGUUUCUUUCUGUGUUUAUACACAAUAGUGUAUACAGAAUCAAUAGGAUGAAGUACAGCAUCUUAACCUUCUUUUGGCCAUAAAAACUGUUUCCUUUUGAUAGUACACACCAAUAAGCUUCCCUACUAAAAUUUCUGAAACAUCCAAAGUUGAAUCUUUUGUUAUCAAAGCAACAAUUUGAACUUUAACGGCGUAGUUGCAACAGGACAAUUUUACACAUUUCCCUAAUCAGCUGCCUUGAUUUUCUGCCAAGCGUCUCACACCUUUUUUUAAUUUUGCUUGCGGUUUCCAUAGUAUAGUUUUUGGUCUUUGAGAUCUCUGGCUGUGCAACAUACGCCUUGGCAAUGAUGCUAGUGUUUAUUUUCCGAGUAACAGUGGCAAACAUUAAAAGGAAAGAAAUUAUGAUAUUAUUGUUCCUUUUAAUUUUCAGGCCAUUAAAGUUUUCAAGUACGUAUUUAAUCUUCAUUUGCUUUUUGGCUCAUCCCAAAAAUUUUUUAUGCAGUAAUCUCUUCAAAGCAUAUCUUAUAUCUACUUCAUUCUUGAGAUGCUGAUAAAUAUGCCUAGAGGAAUAUUACGGUUUUGAGACAACAGUCUCCAGCAGUGUUGAUCCAAUGUUUAACUUUCAAUUUGCAAAAGCUUUAUUCAAACUACCAUUCUACUUCAAUACCAAUAUUUUUGUAAACAACAACCGUUCCUUUGAGCAUCUAUUACAGCGAAUCCUUUCUUUCUACUGUUAAUACAAUAUAAGCUGAUAUAUAAGCAUGUGAUUGCUAGAUUAAGCAGACAUUUUACAAUACUUUAGCAAUAUUAGGCAUUUUGGUAGUUACAGUUCACUUCAAAUAUAGAUAUAAACUGAUCUUAUAGAAAGAUUGAAUGUGAUUUUGUGUACAAAAGAACUAAAAGUUACUCUAUUUUCUAACAAAAUAGGAGAAAUUUGUUAGCUGAGGACAUUACAAUAAAAAAUUGUGCAAAAAAGUCUGUUUAAUGGGAAGUCGAGGCUAUGAAUUUGGUUGGAAAGUCAAUAGUUAUAGUCACUGCCAAAAGUCUUGAAACACCAACUUGGGUAUUCAAAGGCAAAUCAGCCAUACACUCUCCCCCUUUGGAUUUACAUUAUAAAAAUGAAUGGGGCUAUGGGGUAUCCUUUUUCUUGUGGUUUGUUUGACAUUUUUCUUUACUUUCAAUAUUUUUUGGGGGUGGAGUUAGGGGGACGUAAGUAAUAUUAUUUUGAAAAACGACCGAAAAACAGAAAAUUACAGCACACAUUGAUGUGUGUUUCAAUUAAUUUUGGCAGUCAUUGUACCUAGCUAGCUUACCAGGGAAUCGUAAUGUUUUCUAACCAUGGUUCUAACUUUCUGCUCGUACACAAUACUUGCUACAUAUGCCAGAUAGUAGAUACAUCUAUUGUGUUAUUUUUUUUGAAAAGAUCCACCUCUGGCAAAGGCUCACUUUUUAAGAUAUCAACUCCAUUCGACUUGGACCAAAUCAGCCACUGAAAAAUUGUUUGAUUCAAGUUAGAAUUUGCAGAUGUUUGUCUGCUUAAAGUCCUAUGCUACCGUAGAAAUAAUUUUAUUGAUAUCCAAAGUCUUUUUUUAGUACUAUAAAUGUCUUCUUCUCCCUAAAAUGUCAAUGUUUUAGAAGCGAUCUGGUGGGCAGCACAUAUAAUUUCUUGCAAACUGUUGCAGUAAUUUAGCUACUCCUGCAUUAAAAUAGUGUUGGAAAAGCUAGAUAAGUGACUUAUGGUGUUGCAAUGUCUGUUCAAAACAGAAAUUUUAUUAAAAGAGAUAUGACUUCCUCAAUUAACUCUGCAAAGUUAAAACCAUUAUUUUAUCAAUGCAAAAGCUUUCCAGCUUUAUAGAAAAAGUUUUUUGCAACGCUGGCUACCCCCUGCGAUUUUUUAAAUUAAAACCAAGACAGUGGAGGGAUUCAUUUGCAAAUGGUGGCUCUUUAGCAAAGCUGCCUGAUCCUUUUGAAUCCAGUUGCUUAAAAUUCCUUAGGAAGCGAUUUCUUGGCUGGUGUGUGCUGGAAUGUCCAUAGGUGUCUCCAUGAAAGUAAACGGCACAUCAUAGGAAAAAUGACAGUUACCCACAUCUUCCUCCAUCUCUCCAAACUCUGUGAAGAAGGUGUCCAAAGAAUAAAGAGUAACUGCCUGGCCCAGAGUCGAUCCUCCCAAAAACAGAACCAAAACAUUUGUCAUUGCAUUAAGGGCCAAGAGUCACAUCAUGGCACUUCUCAGCAUCUGCAUACAGUAGCUUCUUUUUCCCUCUGUGCCUCAUUUCCACUGUAUAGUCCUGUGAUGGAAUGACAGAGAUUGAAUUAAACAAUUCGUUGACAUAGAGACAAAUCUUUGUGCCUCUCAGGGUGCUUCUUAGCUGAGGUUUCAGAAACACCCAAUCUCAGCCCCCUUUAUUGUACUCUCCCAAACGCGUAGCAUUCUCUUGUUAAGAAUAAUCAAAUGGCCCAGCCUGGCGCAAUGCCACCCCUUUUCCACACUACCUUCCCUACAUUGUUUUGAAAAGACAGCUUCUGAAAGCUCAGAAGAUGUAUACUCUGGAAAGUCCAAAAAUGCAACACAGAAAAGCAAAACCCUGUCUGAUAAGCUCUUCACCAAGGUAAUGAAUACCACUUAUACCGCACCUCUGAAAGAGGAUAUGGACAAUGAACCACCCGCGAAAGCCAUUGGCUAGGUUGCCUUCUCUGAAACACCCUUUUGCGCAAGCAAUGUGCAACUUCAUCUCUGGAUGCUUCCAAACAGGAGAAUGAGUGCACAAGAAACCUACCCACUUGCUGAAAGAUCCUAUUUUGGGCAGCAUGAGAAUUGUUUAAUGCACCCAUGAGCACGUCCAACUCAGCAUUGUUUUCCAAUGUAGUGUUGGAAAUCCAAUGUAGUCAAAAGAAUUUCAAUAAAAAUUAAAUCUACUAAAUGAUUCUACUUCGGCUGGCUUCAUCAACCAUUCUUGAUAGUAUAAUUUAGGCAGCCAGAGUUAAAUGUUAUGAUAUAGAAUUAAAUGCAACUCAAGUUCCUAUUGCAGAAUUUCUAAUGAAAAGCGAAAAUAUAUAUAGCUAAGGUGAACUGGAAUACUCACUUGCAAUUGGGCCUGCAUGUGCCUCAAUUGUGUUUUUUCCGCUAUUUCCUGCCAACUUUUUGUUAGGCCCCCUUUUUUAGAAUAUAUUUUGCUGCCACUAUGAGGCUUUGAAUAUGAUUGACGACUGUACCCACAUUUAGCUCCCUCCUCAAUUCUGCCACAUAUACGCUAACAAAGUUGAUGUUUGUAGCAUCCUCUAUUUGUGGGGUUCUGUUAUACGUUUAUUACAUGCUGAAAGAACUUCUUUAACCUUCUUGUGUGGUUGAUUGUCCCUGCUGUCAUACCGUUUGAUGGUCUUAAUGGGUUUAUUUCAUCUGUGUAGAAUUCCCGAAGCUUCUCAAAGGAUUCCAGUACCUACACUGUCUUGUGCACUUGCACAAGACCUUAAUAUUUUGCGAGUCCAAGUGAGAGAUCAGUGCUGUGUAUAUCCUGGUUCUGUUGGUGUUAUGUGUGAAGGCAGGCGACAAGCUGAUUGUAGAGUUGGGACCAACUUUUGAUAAAAUCUUGCAGUUUCUCAAAGUGUAUCUUCUGCAAUGUCUCCCAAUCAUCCCUGUCAAAGCCAAGCAUUCGGGCAGCUUUGUUCAGCAUUGCAGGUAGCUGCCCUUUCUCAGUCAAGGAAAUCACCUUUAAAUCCUCCGGAAUUGCUGCUUUUGCUGCUGUGGAUGCCAUUGCUCACGAUGUAGAGGCUUCCCCUGAUGUAGCUGGCAUUGUACCUUUAGCUACAGGCAAUGAUGCUGCAGAAAAUUGCCGUGCCUUCCCCUUGGAUUCAGCUGAUUCCUUGAAGUGAGUCAUCUUGGAAGUAAGCUUUGGGGUAGGGAGUUUUUCAUUUUGUGAAUUAUCUAAUGGACGGCCAUCGCCCAUCACUUCUUUGACAAUUCGAUCAGACAUCAACUGUGAGCUUUGCUCUUCAGCCUCAGCUUCAACUUCACUUCCAUCUUCUUUGCUUGAAGGCAAGUGGCUUACACAUCUUUUCUGUUGGCUUGCCUGAUUUGAGGAAAAUCUCCCACUUGUUAAGAGAUUUCCUCUCUUCAUCAACAGACUGCUCGUCAGCAGUGUCUCUUGUUGCGUUGAGAAAGCAAGAGUAAUCUUGCUUCCAGCAUCCGAUGCAUGCAUUUAACUGCUCACAACUUUUGAAUGUGUGUGCCUUUGGGUGUGCAGCCGUAGGCCGUUUGUUGUUUUCUUGCAGCCUGCACGGUAAACGCAGUGUGUCAUAGACACGCUUCUUGAAAUCGAAUUCUAGUGGCCCAAUCACCGUUGGUUGCGUGGAAAAUGCAGCAGGAAAGAAGUCUUCGUGUGCUCGAUUGUCUCCAGAAAUUAUACUAGCGUGGCUGUCGCUUUCAUUUUGACUGUCAGAGUGACUGUCUACUUGCAUGUUAUGCUUCUGCUGCAGGUCUUUGACAAAGGCAAGGGCUUCUUUAUGCUCAAUACCAGCCUUGUUCAUCAUGCUGCAAAGACAGACCGAGUUUUAAGGUUAUCAAUCAUAACUUUGUCAUGUUUUUGAACUGUGUUUUUGAUUUGAAGAACUAAACAGAAAAUUGAUAAUGCCUUUAUCCCCUGUUGAGGUUCUAUUGCUUCAAACAAUGGGAAGUUUCCCUUCUUAGAGAUUAGACAUUCCCCUCUUCCUGCUCCCUCCCAACUCCUCUCCUCUUAUCACUAAGUAUGAAGCUUGUUGCUAAAUAUGCUGCCAAGAGACCAUUGAUGCAAUAGGCAUAUGAUAGGGAACGACACAUACAGAUGGGUGUGCAGGUUUAUAGUAAUUCUUUUAUAGGAAGGGUUGCUCAAUUCUCUUAACAAAAGGUGGACUAAGCUAGAAUCAAUGUUCAGAUGUAGCUAUCUGUUUGCGCAACCCAAAUGAAUGGCAAAAAGUUGUUAAUGUCACCUUGUUUCUGGCAGCUUCUCCAGCGACAUUGCCGUGUCCGUUAUGAAACUAGGGUGGCUGUUACAACUGUAAUCCUCCUUGUCGUCGCUCAUAGCACCGUCAUGUGCUGCUUCUGCUAUUAUGAACAAUGAGGCUUUGGACUUCCUUUCUAAAAAGAGGUUAUAUCCAUUAUUAUUUACAGACCUACAUACAAAUAAUCACUUUAGAAAGCAACUGUGUUGGAUAUGUUGAUAAACUGCUUCUUCUAACAUGGAUUGGUAUUAUGGUCAGAAAAGUAAAUAGAGCUUUCCGCAAUUCAAUCAAUUAACCUUACUUAAUGAAAAAUGACACAGGCAAUAAUCCAAACGUGCAUAUAAAGAUUGAAAAAAGGCAAAGGCAAGUGAUUAUGAUUAGUGAUUAUGAUUGCAAAAUCAUGGUAUAACCUUGCCUUUUGAUAACCAUCCAUCUCUUUCGACGAAAUUAUCCUGUCCCUCAUCAAUUUCAGUGUUUCUAAAGCCUGUCUCCAUUCAAAUAUCUUUCUUUCAUCGGCUCCCAAGUACCUCUGUCUUCGCUCUCUUUCAUAGAGGCUCUAAAAAACAGUGGUAAAUUGAAACUAAAAAUUUCAAAAAGUGAUGUGUAAAAUGUAUGUGUAAAUACAAAGGAACGCAGGAUAUGCUGUCCGCUGAUUAAAAUAGGAAUAAUAGCCGGUAACUAAGACACAGGAAGCUGAAAAUCCAAUGUAGUCAAAAUAAUUUCAAUAAAAGUUAAAUCUACUAAAUGAUUCUACUUCGGCUGGCUUCAUCAACCAUUCUUGAUAGUAUAAUUUAGGCAGCCAGAGUUAAAUGUUAUGAUAUAGAAUUAAAUGCAACUCAAGUUCCUAUUGCAGAAUUUCUAAUGAAAAGCGAAAAUAUAUAUAGCUAAGGUGAACUGGAAUACUCACUUGCAAUUGGGCCUGCAUGUGCCUCAAUUGUGUUUUUUCCGCUAUUUCCUGCCAACUUUUUGUUAGGCUCCCUUUUUUUAGAAUAUAUUUUGCUGCCACUAUGAGGCUUUGAAUAUGAUUGACGACUGUACCCACAUUUAGCUCCCUCCUCAAUUCUGCCACAUAUACGCUAACAAAGUUGAUGUUUGUAGCAUCCUCUAUUUGUGGGGUUCUGUUAUAUGUUUAUUACAUGCUGAAAGAACUUCUUUAACCUUCUUGUGUGGUUGAUUGUCCCUGCUGUCAUACCGUUUGAUGGUCUUAAUGGGUUUAUUUCAUCUGUGUAGAAUUCCCGAAGCUUCUCAAAGGAUUCCAGUACCUACACUGUCUUGUGCACUUGCACAAGACCUUAAUAUUUUGCGAGUCCAAGUGAGAGAUCAGUGCUGUGUAUAUCCUGGUUCUGUUGGUGUUAUGUGUGAAGGCAGGCGACAAGCUGAUUGCAGAGUUGGGACCAACUUUUGAUAAAAUCUUGCAGUUUCUCAAAGUGCAUCUUCUGCAAUGUCUCCCAAUCAUCCCUGUCAAAGCCAAGCAUUCGGGCAGCUUUGUUCAGAAUUGCAAGUAGCUGCUCUUUCUCAGUCAAGGAAAUCACCUUUGAAUCCGCCGGAAUUGCUGCUUUUGUUGCUGUGGAUGCCAUUGCUCACGAUGUAGAGGCUUCCCCUGAUGUAGCUGGCAUUGUACCUUUAGCUACAGGCAAUGAUGCUGCAGAAAAUUGCCGUGCCUUAGGGCUGAUUUAUACGUCGCGCUUAUCUCGCACCAAAUCUAAUAUAAUUAGAACCGACGAAAGCGCGAGUUUGGCGCGACAAAGGAGUUUGAUUUUGAUUUAGACGAUGAACUUUCGUCGUGCCAAUAGCAAAAUACACUUCUGCGAGUUGCCAGCCACAGGGAACCAAUAAACUGAAAACACUCGAAGCAAAGACAAAUCACGUAUGGCGCCCUUCACGCAUCUAAAGAAAGUGCUUCUUCUGAAGUCGCUUAUUGGAGCCAGGAGAAGACGACAGAAUAUGCAAGCAAUGAUGAUUAAUUUGAUGAACAGAAGACGGUGUAGGCUUUUGCGGAUUCUUUUUUUGCUACAGUUGAUUCUUACUGGUUUACAACAAGCAGUUGCAGUGCCUAUUAGGCCUAGGAUAAGAUCAUGCCGUAGGUUGCAGCGAAACACUGGUUGGUGGAACCUCGUUUGGACAGUAUAUUCCGAGAAAAGGUUUAAAAAGACAUUUAGAAUGACUAGGCAAACAUUUUCCUUAAUUCAUGAUAGAAUCAAGGAUGAUUUAACGAAGGAGAGCGUCACAGAAGAACCAAUUCCAUCCCAGAUGAGACUAGCAAUUUGCUUGUAUCGACUCAGUAGAGGAGACUACUACAAUACCAUUUCAGAGCUAGCUGGUGUCGGUGAAACAACUGUGUGCAACAUAGUGAGAGAGGUAGCUAAGGCAAUCAUUGAAAAUUUAUGGGAAGAAUUUGUUGAGGCCAAAUUUCCACAUAGCAAGGACACACUGAAUGAGAAAAUGAAAGAAAUGGAACAAGAAUGGCAGUUUCCUUUUGCAUAUUCUGCAAUUGAUGGGUGUCACAUACCAAUUAAGUGCCCACCUGGUGGCCAAGAGUCAUGUAAAGAAUUUCAUAAUUUUAAGAAUUUCUACUCAAUCGUUCUAAUGGGAAUGGUAGAUGCCAAAUAUCGAUUUAUAUGGGCAAGUGCUGGUUGGCCUGGCAAUUCACAUGAUGCCAUAAUCUUUCAAGCAACAAACCUUUAUACCAAACUAGCUGAAGGUACAGCCUUUCCACCUAUUGCCCAUCAUGAGAAUGGCGUCAGUAUUCUACCUUUAAUCCUGGGAGAUUCUGCCUUCCCCUUCAAGCCUUGGCUGCUGAAGCCUUACACAAAUGCUACACUGAUGCCAGAGCAGAGCUAUUUCAAUUAUAGGUUGAGUCGAGCACGCAUGGUAACAGAGUGUGCAUAUGGACAACUGAAAGGUCGAUGGAGAGUCUUGCUCAGGAAGUCUGAGAAUGAUAAGGAAACAGUACGUGCAGUUACACUAGCUUGUGUAGUACUACAUAACAUUUGCAUCGAACAAGGAGAUUUGGCUCAAAGGCAAUGGGACCUCUCCAAAGAUUCAGCAUCAAAUCAAAGACGUACACAAGAAGAAGUCCAAGACCUUCUUAUGAUAAGGCAAUGCAGACCUCUAAGAGAUACAAAUCGUUCUGCAGCACAGGUUCGUGAUUAUUUGAAAGACAAGUUAUUUUUAGAAAAGCAGCAAGUUUAGGGGAUGCAAAGCUCCCAUACUUUCAAUACUCUCCCUCCCUUAAUAGUAUCCCCCUAACUCCAAAAUUUUACAAAAUUACCAUCUAUUUCCAUUUAUUAAAACCCCCCUAAAAAGGAAAAAAAUGCUUUUUUCCAUCCACCCCCAUUUAUUAGACAACACCCCAAAGGCUAUUGGCAGCUAUUUUUGAUAUUUUGCAAGAUUCAAGGGGCUAUUAGAAGCACUGAUUGGCUUUUACCCCAUUUGAGAGCAGAACGCUGAUAGGUUGUUUACAUUUUUCCUCCUUGUUAUAUGAAUUGGUAUAGUAUCUUUUAGUAUCGAAAUAUCUUUUCAACAAAAUGUAAAAAAGGUAAUGUUACCCCCCAACUAUUAACAUCACACCCCUAUUUAAGCGCUGCAUGACAAAAUCAACCCAUUUCCAUUUAUUAACACCCUCCACAAUUAUUUAUCCUGGGCAAAUUUCCAACUGCCUCUUUUUAAUAAGUCCCCCCUACUAUUAGGGGAUGGAGAGUAAGCUGCAUCAGCUUUGGAAAACUGACAAAGUUUCAAUUAUAAUUCUUGACAAUUGUGAUUUCUGGAGCCACUUUGACACUAUUUAUACACUACUUAUGUUCUUAUGUUGUACAUUGUAGUUUGUAUUAAAUAAU